CUAGAUUCCAGGACUGGGCCCAUCUCAGUGUACGAAGUCCUCCCUUCUCUCUAAUUUCCAAAUGACUUGUUGGUCUGAGAGCGUUGGAAUCGUUGCAGACGCACUCACUGUCUGACGAAAAGUCUCAGAGAGAGAGACAGAGACAGAGUCUGAGACAGAGUAAGCAACGCUAAGAAGCCGCACGGCAAUGCAAGACGGCGAAGCGUCCGGUGGUGCCGAUCGUGGUACCGCUGGUCGCUCGAGGGUCAGUGCUGCCACCACCUUACAGUCACCGCCUGUGGAACUUUCUUUGGAUGUCUCUGGGGUUGAUGAGGAUGGAAUUGAGCCGGGGUCGAGAGCAAAGACGACUGAAAAAGACCCCAGAAAGAUCGCCAGGGAGUACCAGUUGGAGCUAUGCAAGAAAGCUUUGGAGGAGAAUAUAAUUGUUUAUUUGGGGACAGGUUAUGGGAAGACCCACAUUGCCGUGCUGCUUAUAUAUGAACUGGGUCACUUGAUAAGGAAACCCCAGAAGGACAUAUGUAUCUUUCUUGCACCUACGGUGGCUCUGGUUCAGCAGCAAGCCAGGGUUAUAGAAGAUUCACUUGAUUUCAAGGUUGGGGUCUAUUGUGGGAGCUCUAAGCGCUUGAAAAGCCAUGAAGACUGGGCAGAAGAGAUUGAACAAUAUGAGAUUCUUGUAAUGACACCUCAAACACUUCUUCUCAACUUAUAUCACUGCUUUAUCAAGAUGGAGUUCAUUGCGCUCCUGAUAUUUGACGAGUGUCAUCAUGCUCAAGUCAAAAGCAACCAUCCUUAUGCAGAAAUCAUGAAACUCUUCUACAAAACUAAUGUUGGAAAACUUCCCCGUAUAUUUGGCAUGACUGCAUCUCCAGUUGUAGGAAAAGGUGCUUCGGAUCAUGCAAAUUUACCAAAAGUCAUUAAUAGUCUUGAAAAUUUACUUCAUGCAAAGGUUUAUUCUGUUGAAAAUAAGGAAGAAUUGGAUAAUUUUGUGGCAUCUCCUAAACUUAGAAUAUGUUAUUAUGACCCCACUAUAAAUGGCACAUCUGGCUCCUAUGUGGCAUACGGUAGUAAACUUGAACAGCUGAAACGCCAGUGCAUAUCAACACUAAAUAGGAAGACGGGUGAUCAUCAAAGUCUACGGAACUUAAAGAAACUAGUUGCGCGAAUGCAUGAGAACAUACUAUUCUGUUUGGAAAAUCUUGGCCUUUGGGGAGCAUUGCAAGCUAGUCAAAUUCUUUUAAGUGGUGAUCACUCUGAGCGAAAUGUAUUAAUAGAGGUGGAAGGAAACUUCAGUAAUGACUCUGUAUGUGAUAGAUAUCUAUCUCAGGCUGCUGAAGUCUUUGCUUCUGAUUGUAAGACAGAUGGGAUUGCAUUUGAUUUGUCCUGUGUGGAGAUCUUAAAGGAGCCAUAUUUUUCAAGAAAGCUCUUACGCCUUAUUGGAAUUCUUUCAUCCUUCAGGUUACAACCAAAUAUGAAAUGUAUAAUAUUUGUAAAUAGGAUUGUUACGGCAAGAUUGUUGUCAUACAUACUACAGAAGCUUAAGUUUCUAGGAUCUUGGAAGUGUGAUUUUCUUGUGGGAGUCCACUCUGGACUAAAAAGUAUGUCACGGAAGGCCAUGAACAAUAUUCUUGAGAGAUUCCGAUCUGGAGAGUUAAAUCUAUUGGUUGCAACUAAAGUUGGUGAAGAAGGACUUGAUAUUCAGACAUGCUGCCUUGUGAUUCGGUUUGAUCUCCCAGAAACUGUUUCUAGCUUCAUACAAUCAAGAGGUCGUGCACGAAUGCCUCAGUCUGAAUAUGUCUUUUUGGUGAACAGUGGCAACGAGAAGGAGCUAGAAUUGAUAGAAAACUUUCAAAAAGAUGAAGAUCGAAUGAACAAAGAAAUUGCUCACCGAACGUCAAAUGAAACAUUUAUUGGUUCUGAAGAAAGAAUCUAUAGAGUUGUUUCAACUGGUGCUUCUGUCAGCUCUGGAUAUAGCAUCUCAUUACUCCACCAGUAUUGUGCGAAACUCCCGCAUGAUGAGUUUUUUCACCCCAUCCCACAGUUCUUUUAUUUUGAUGACUUGGGGGGUACUGUCUGCCACAUAAAGUUACCUUCGAAUGCUCCAAUAUAUCAAAUUGUUGGUACACCACAAUCUUCAAUGGAAGAUGCUAAACAAGAUGCUUGUCUAAAAGCAAUUGAAACAUUGCAUAAAAUGGGUGCCUUGAAUGACUAUCUCUUGCCUGGGAAAGAUGAAGCAAAUGUGGAUGGAUUGGGGCUGGAUUCUUCCGACUCAGAUAGCUGCAAAGAUGAGAGCCUACGAUGCGAACUACAUGAGAUGCUUGUACCUGCUGCACUAAGAAAACCAUGGACUAACUUGGAAAAUCCUGUCAAUCUUAACUCUUACUAUAUAGAAUUUAGUCCUGAUCCUGAGGAUAGGAUCUAUAAAAAGUUUGGUCUAUUUGUCAAAGCACCUCUCCCGGUAGAGGCUGAGAGAAUGGAACUUGAUCUUCAUCUGGCUCGUGGUAGAUCUGUGAUGACAAAGCUUGUACCAUCAGGAAUUGCAGAAUUUGAUAAAAAUGAGAUUACGUUAGCACAGAAUUUUCAAGAAAUGUACCUCAAGAUCAUCCUUGACCGAACAGAAUUUAUUCCUGAGUUUGUUCCCUUGGGAAAGAAUGCUAUUUGUAAAUCAAGUUCAUCAACAUUCUACCUGUUGCUUCCAGUAAUUUUUCAUGAUAAUGAAAGUACAAUAACUGUAGAUUGGGAGAUUGUUAUGAGAUGUUUAUCGUCCCCAGUUUUCAGGACUUCAGGAGAUGCCAUGGUUAAAGAACAUUUUCCUUUGGAUGUUGACUUGCAACUUAUCAAUGGUUGCAGAAGUAUAAGUGAUGUUGAGAAUAGUUUAGUGUAUGCCCCACACAGAAAGGAGUUUUUCUUCAUUAGUAACAUUGUUCAUGGAAAGAAUGGAUACAGCCCUUAUAAAGAAUCAGAAACUUCAAGCCACCUGGAGCACUUAGAGCAGUUUGGUAUUCAGCUUAAAUACCCUGGACAACCUCUUCUGCAUGCAAAACCACUGUUUUGCUUGCAUAACUUACUACGCAACCGAAAAUCAGAGGAUUCAGGAGCACAUGAACUGGAGGAGUACUUUAUUGAUUUGCCUCCCGAGCUAUGUCAGUUGAAAAUCAUAGGCUUUUCCAAAGAUAUUGGGAGUUCAAUAUCUUUGUUACCAUCAAUCAUGCAUCGUCUGGAAAACUUGCUUGUGGCCAUUGAACUGAAGCACACAUUAUCUGCUGCAUUUCCUGAAGGAGCUGAAGUUACUUGCAAUAGAGUUCUAGAAGCGCUUACCACCGAAAAGUGCCAGGAGCGCUUUUCCCUUGAAAGGCUAGCGCUUACCACCGAGAAGUGCCAGGAGCGCCUUUCCCUUGAAAGGCUUGAAAUACUUGGGGAUGCUUUUCUAAAAUUUGCUGUUGGGCGGCACCUUUUUCUUUUGCAUGAUACCCUUGAUGAAGGAGAACUUACAAGGAAACGUUCUGAUUUUGUAAACAAUUCCAAUUUGUACAGACUAGCAAUUAGACGCAACUUGCAGGUAUACAUACGUGAUAUUCCAUUUGAUCCCUGCCAAUUCUUUGCUUUGGGCCACCCUUGUCCUGUAAUUUGUAACAAGGAAACAGAAGGCAAUAUUCAUUCCCGACAUUCAAGUAGUCAAGCAGAUGAUGCUAGUUAUUGUGGAGUCAGAUGCAGUAAAGGACACCACUGGUUACAUAAGAAAACAAUAGCUGAUGUGGUUGAAGCUCUUGUUGGAGCAUUCAUAGUUGAUGGUGGCUUCAAUGCCGCAACUUCCUUUCUUCGAUGGAUUGGCAUACAAGUGGACUUUGAAGCCUCACAAGUUGUUAAUGCCUGCAUAUCAAGCACUAGCUACAUCCCACUUGCUGCUUGUCUGGACAUUGCUGCCCUUGAAAAUUUACUAGGGUAUCAGUUUCUCCACAGAGGCCUGCUUAUACAGGCAUUUGUACAUCCUUCUUACAACAACCAUGGAGGAGGCUGCUAUCAGAGAUUGGAGUUUCUUGGAGAUGCUGUCUUGGAUUACUUAAUCACAUCAUAUCUUUAUUCAGUUUAUCCAAAAUUGAAGCCUGGCCAACUGACAGAUCUAAGAUCAGUGUUUGUGAAUAAUAAGGCCUUUGCCAAUGUUGCAGUAGAUCGAUCUUUCCACAAAUAUCUUAUUUUUGAUUCCAGUGGCCUCACCGAGGCCAUCAAUACUUAUGUGGACUCAAUGAAAACACAUGUGCCAGAAGGGAGUCUUAUUGAGGGGCCGAAAUGUCCAAAGGUUUUAGGUGACUUGGUAGAGUCUUGUCUGGGUGCCAUUCUUCUUGAUACAGGGUUUAAUAUGGACCUAGUAUGGACGAUAGCGCUUUCCUUUUUGGAUCCAAUCAUGAGGUUCUCUAGUCUACAAGUCAGUCCUAUUCGGGAACUGCAAGAACUUUGCCAAGCUUAUAAUUUGGAUCUACAGUUUGUAGCGUCAAAGAAGGGUAGAAUGUCUUCGGUUGAAGCACAAGUGAAUGGAACAGAUGUUUGUACAACUGCUUCUGCAGUUAACUUGAACAAGAAAGAUGCUAUUAGAAUUGCUUCGCAAAAAAUAUUCACAAAGCUGAAGGCUAAGGGCUACAUACCCAAAUCAAAAACUUUGGAGGAAGUUUUGAAGUCAAGCUGCAAGAUGGAAGCCAAACUGAUUGGAUAUAACGAACCACCUAUUGAUGUAAAUACCCCUGAUGCCAUUGGAUUUGAAAAAUUAACGGUACAGCCAUUUUGCAGAGAUUUUGAGCCCCAAAUCCGUCCCCUGACUAAAGCGUCUAUCAUAGCACCUGUUAUUAAAAAACCAUUGGGAGCCUUAAGAGGACAGCCUUCUGGGACAGUUGAAAAUCAUAGCUGUGACCCUGACUCACAGACCACAGGUGGGUCACACAAAGGAACAGCAAGAUCACGUUUGCGUGAACUCUGUGCUGCUAAUUGUUGGCAACCCCCUUCAUUUGAAUGUUGCAGCGAGGAAGGACCAAGCCACUUAAAGUUAUUUACUUUCAAGGUCGUCGUGGAGAUAGAAGAUGAGCAAGAUGUGGUUUUGGAGUGCUUUGGAGCACCCCGGUCGAAAAAGAAAGAUGCAGAAGAGCAUGCAGCAGAAGGGGCUCUUUGGUACUUAAAGCACGAUGGAUUCAUGCUUGAGAACGACUAACAUACACAAUUUUUGCUGAUGAGAUAAGGGAACCUCGAUGCAGCCACAGUUUCUGUAAGUCAUUGAAGAUCUCAAUGCAGCAAGCUUUAGACUGAAUCUAACAACUUAAAGUUGCAAUAUCUAACUAUACAUCAAACAUGUUAAUAUAAUUGUAAAUGAUGGUGAAUAUAGAAUUGACUUCCACUUGUAUGGAAGGCAUGAAUCAUUGUAGUGAGUGCUCACAGUGUAAAAUGACUUAUCAAAAGCUUAAAAAAAACGUGUUCAUCCGAUUCUCUAAGCCAAGUGUGGAGAAACACUGUGCAUCAAUGCAUGAGUAUUUUCUUUC